GCGGGUUCCCAGCUUCCGGGUGGGCGUGUGGUGCCGGCGAGCUAGUGGCCGGUGGGGCGGCCGGAGGACAGGACCAUGGAGAAGCUGCGGCGCGUCUUGAGCGGCCAGGACGAGGAGGAGCAAGGCCUGGCGGCGCAGGUCUUGGAUGCCUCAUCCCUCAGUUUCAACACCAGAUUGAAGUGGUUUGUCAUAUGCUUUGUUGCUGGCGUUUUCUUUUCCAUCCUUGGAACUGGGUUGCUAUGGCUUCCCAAUGGCAUAAAACUCUUUGCAGUGUUUUACACCCUUGGAAACAUUGCUGCGUUGGCCAGUACAUGCUUUUUAAUGGGACCUGUGAAGCAGCUGAAGAAAAUGUUUGAAACAACAAGAUUGCUUGCAACAAUUAUUAUGCUUUUGUGCCUCGUAUUUACCCUGUGUGCUGCUCUGUGGUGGCGGAAGAAGGGGCUGGCGUUGCUCUUCUGCAUAUUGCAGUUCCUGUCGAUGACCUGGUACAGUCUGUCCUACAUCCCAUAUGCAAGGGAUGCGGUGCUCAAGUGCUGCUCCUCACUCCUCAGUUAAGGCGGCCUCUGCCCCGGAGAAAUGCUUGGGGAUGGUGCUGAUGCUAGCCUGGCCCAGCCAUCAUCCCCAGCCAUCAUCCCAGAGACUGCAGCAGCCUCAGCCCGUGCCAUGUACUGGUGAACCGCACUUGUGUAGCGCUCCGAUCCCUGCCCAUUAACCUGUUCUUCCAAAGACAAGGAGAUCAAAAUCAUUGCCACCUGUAAAUAAUUUUUACUCAGUUUUUAAUCUUUACAAACAGCUUUUGAAAUGUGAAUAUUUAAGGUAUAAACCUGUAUUGUAAGGUUAUAUCCAACAUAUUUGGCUUUUUAAAUGGUAUACAAUUUUAAAAGAUUUUUUUAACUUUAAAAAUGUGAAACUUUAUAUACUUUAAGCCUAAAAUUACUUAUUACAUGUAAUAAAAAUAAUAUAUGUAUUUUACAGUUUUGAAAUAAACCACUCUUGGAAAUGUAA